GCCACUCUAUAUUUCGUAGCGCCACUCUCUCUUACGCUUGAAACAGUAGUACCUUUUGCAUCAGAAAUUGUACUCCUGUCCUGGAAAUAGCAAAACACCUUCCCGUAUAGUCCUCCACGUUGCUAUAUUCCCACACGUUAUCGUCUACGUCUCUGUCUGGUGCGACCAUGGCGGCCAGCUUCUCGAUCCUGCAGUUUUCGCCCCAAGGUCUUCAGAGCGUUGAUUCCAGGAGGAAAUUAGGCGGAGCUGUUGGUUUGAAGUCCAAUGGUGUUAGGUGUUUGUAUUCGAGGAAUGGGAGAGGGAAGCCUGAGGAUGACUUGAAGGAAGUGGAGAGGAUUCUGGAAGAGAAGCGUCGGGCGGAGCUGUCUGCUCGCAUCGCUAAUGGCGAAUUCACGAAGUCUACCUUUGCUGUGAAACUCAAAGAUGGUUUGUCAAAAUUGGGCUUGCCGAAAGAGGUGCUUCAAUUCAUAUCCAAAUUCAACGAAGGUAUGGAAGACAUUUUAAAGAUUCCAGAGGCUAGAGGUUCAAUCAGUUCUAUCAGAAAAGAACCCUUCUUUAAGCCCUUGUAUGAGCUUUACUUGACUUAUGGUGGAAUUUUCCGGCUAAUGUUUGGUCCUAAGUCCUUUAUAAUAGUAUCGGAUCCAUCUAUCUCAAAACAUAUAUUGAAAGACAACCCGAAGGCUUAUUCAAAGGGGAUUUUAGCUGAAAUUUUGGAAUUUGUAAUGGGGAAAGGACUGAUACCUGCUGAUGGAGAGAUAUGGCGUGUCAGACGACGAGCCAUAGUUCCUGCACUGCAUAAGAAGUUUGUGGCUGCAAUGUUUAAGCUGUUUGGAGAAGCUACUGAUAGACUCUGCAGAAAGCUUGAUGCUGCUGCAUCUGAUGGUGAGGAUGUGGAGAUGGAGUCUCUAUUUUCUCGUUUGACAUUGGAUAUCAUUGGGAAAGCUGUAUUCAAUUAUGACUUUGACUCAUUGCAAGUCGACACUGGAAUUGUUGAGGCAGUGUACACUGUCUUGCGAGAAGCAGAAGAUCGAAGUGUUGCGCCAAUUCCAGUUUGGGAGAUUCCCAUUUGGAAAGAUAUUUCCCCGAAGCUGAGAAAGGUUAAUGGUGCUCUGAAGCUGGUUAAUGAAACACUCGAUGAUCUGAUUGCAAUAUGUAAGAAAAUGGUGGAUGAGGAAGAAUUGCAGUUUCAUGAAGAAUACAUGAAUGAACAAGACCCCAGCAUUCUUCAUUUUCUAUUAGCAUCUGGAGAUGAUGUUUCAAGCAAACAACUACGUGAUGAUCUAAUGACAUUGCUCAUAGCUGGACAUGAAACCUCUGCUGCUGUGUUGACUUGGACAUUUUAUCUUCUUGCAAAGGAGCCAAGUGUCAUGGCCAAGCUUCAAGACGAGGUUGACACUGUACUAGGCGAUCGAUUUCCGACAAUGGAAGACAUGAAAAACCUCAAGUAUACAACUCGAGUGAUUAAUGAAUCAUUGAGGCUGUAUCCACAACCGCCUGUUUUAAUCCGCCGGUCUCUUGAGGAUGAUGUACUUGGAGACUACCCAAUUAAAAGUGGCGAAGAUAUUUUUAUCUCUGUGUGGAAUCUUCAUCGCUGUCCUAAGCAUUGGGAAGAAGCUGAUCGAUUCAAUCCUGAAAGAUGGCCUUUAGAUGGUCCAAAUCCAAACGAGACAAAUCAAAAUUUCAGUUACUUGCCUUUUGGUGGAGGACCAAGAAAAUGUAUUGGAGACAUGUUUGCUUUAUUUGAGACUGUUGUAGCCGUAGCAAUGCUUGUUCGUAGGUUUGACUUCCAAAUUGCACUUGGAGCACCUCCGGUUAACAUGACGACCGGAGCAACAAUUCACACAACAGAAGGUUUAAAAAUGACAGUCACACCGAGGAGGAAGCCUCCCAUUAUUCCGAAUUUGGAAAUCCCAACUUUGCAGGUAGACUCACCAUACAACAUACCGGAGGUGAAACCUGUCUCGGAUUACAAAGAUGAAGUCCCGUCUGCGCAUCCGUAAUUGUUCGGUACGCCUUUAUAUCACAUUCAUUAAAAUAGGUAUAUAGCUAAAUAAGUAGUUACACAUGGCUAUCAUCUUCACUAAACUACAUAAUGCGUGCAAGAGUUGCCCGAGUUAUACGUCGCCUGCCUUAGAUUUAUAGUGUUGCAUAAUCUACAUAUAUAUAUAUAUAUAUAUAAUCAAUGGAAAUGAGUGUUUAAUUGUUCUGUUUCUGUGUCUAGACAUAAUUUGCCGUCUUCAGUGAAUAAAUUGAAUUAUUCUUUACUAUGCCUAUUUAUGUGUUGCAAAACAAAAUAGUCGAGUCUGGUGUAUAUUUAUUUUUCACUUCAGGUCGCAUUUUCUUCGGGUUUUUUUGUUUUAAUUUUAAAAUUUUACUAUAGUGUAUGUGAAUGGAUACUACUACCAUGAGCUAUUGUUUGUAAUCUAUGAAUGUUUGGUACCUAAGAGAUUUUUUUUGUGCAUAUAAUGAAUAUUUUGAUGUUCCAUA